AUGAUGGCUUUCCGAGAGAUGGCGCGUCUAGGAGUUGCCGCUCUUCUCAUUGGCUCUUCGUCAGUUGCUGCCCUCACGAUCGAAUACUGUUCUGCCGAAAACACCGCUUCAUCAAGCACUGAAAAUACCGACAUAUAUCAAUCAAACGGAGCAUGCAAUACGCAAUGCAGUGCAGACUACGCCUUUGCAGUUCUCCAAGGCCAGGACUGCUGGUGCUCCAACUACAUCCCUGCUUCCACAGUAGACGUGUCUGAAUGCAACACCAGCUGUCCAGGCUAUCCAUCCGACCUCUGCGGAAAUACCGACAAAGGCUAUUACGGCUACAUUGCCAUGUCGGGUCAUAAAGCAUCCGGAACUGCAACCGGCACAAGCACUGCAACCGCUACUGGUUCCUCUUCCUCUUCAUCUACCUCUUCGGAGGGCACGGCUACUGAAACAUCCACCGGACCAGAGACUGUUACUGUAACCGAGUCAGCUUCUACUGGCACGACUCUGGCGACGUCUGUGUCUUCUAGUACCUCUACGACAUCAAGUACAACGACUACAGCUGCACCAACCGUUUCCGUUCAGACUAUCGCCGGUCAGCCCGUGACGAUCACGGUCUCGAAUUCACCGUCAGCUACGACCUCUAGCUCGCCAGUGUCGACCGAAAACAAAGGGUCGUCAUUAAGUGGUGGAGCUAUCGCAGGUAUCGUUAUCGGCGCGCUUGUCGGCGUCGGAGCUCUAGCCGCUUUGGUACUGUGGUGGUUCUUCUUUGGGCGUCGAAAAGGCGAUGAGCGCUCUGAAAAGACUGGAUCACCAAUUGGAGGAGGCGACGGCAGCGUUACAGGCGGCACAGUCGACACACGACGUCAAAGUCGAGGCUCGCAAAUGAGCUUCAUGCACAAUUUCAUCGGCAGCGAAACAUCGCCUACGUCGCCCAAUGACUAUCUCAGUCCGAACACCGCAUUUACCGAUAAUCGCAUGAAGAAGGAUGCAGUUUUGUAUCCCAAUGGGGAUCGGCUUAGCGCGGUGUCUCUUCGCGACGAAGAAGACUAUUCGCGCCCUGUCUUGAGGGUUCGUCCGUUUAUCCCGGCUUGUGAAAUGCAUGCUAACCUCGUGUGUCUGAACAGCUCACGAAUCCAGAUCAAGAUUGAUUGCGUUAUCGAUACCUUGUUUCUUAUUGCAUUUGCAUGCACAGCCCGGCACAGCGCAGCGACCACUGUUUUGAUCCAUGAUACCCGUCCCGUUGCCCGGAACUUCUCCUUCACACCCCUGCAACGUUUGACCAACCUCGUCCUGAUCCCAAUCAGCGAGGCCACGCCAUGCAAACGGCACCACAACGUUCUCAUUCUAGCAUAUACAUAUUGCUUCUUUUUAUCAUUUCCGCGUUUUCCAGUUUGCGAAUUUUCACGGCGUUUGGGGUUGGUUUAA